AUGGUUAAGGAAGAGAAGAAAAAGAAGCCAAUGGAACGUUACAAAAGAAUGCAAUGUUGGGUGAUUGUGAAGAGGAUGGUAGAAGGAAGAGAUGGUUGGGCUUUGAAAGCACCUCUUGAUAUCAAGUUUUUGAAGGGUUGCUUAGAGAACAAGUCAAAAGUGAAGAAGGCAAUUGGUUUGAAAGAUAUUGAGGGCAAAUUGAAAUCAUAUUCAUCGCCUGAUGAAUUUGCUGAUGAUAUGAGGUUUGUAUUCAAUCAUGGAAUGUGUUACCCUCGAAGAGAUGAUGUUUUCAGAAUUGCAGCAAGACUUAGUGACACUUUUGAGUACAAGUGGAAGGUUUUGAAGAAAGAGUGGGCACUUGAGGAGAAAAGAUUGAUGAAGGACAGGAAUCAUAAGAGGAAGAGGGAAUCACAAUCACUGUGUCCAAUGAUUAGAUAA